UUUCACACACUCAUUACAACACUCAAUUGACAUAGACCAUUAAUACAUCUGCUUCAUUAAUUUUCCUCAAUUUUUGUUUUUAGAAUGCCAAAGCGUCUUGCUACACCCCAGAUCACCAUUGAGGAUGGCGUUAAACGGGAUGCAGGCGACAUUAAACGCAAUGAAUACUGCAUGCUGGUUCAUGUCUACCGUCAAAUGCUGACAUUGCCCAAAGAAGUCCGAGAGACCUUUGGACCGGGGAUCCGUAGCCAGCUAGCAAAUAUUACAGGUGUAGGUGAUACGACUGCACAAAAGGCCAUCACCUUUUCCAAGAAGGGCCUAGUUCCUCAAUUCAGUAGUACUUCCAAUGCUGGACGACCUGUCAAGGUUCUAGACGACGAUUAUGCAGCAAAAGUACGAGAGAUUGUGGCGCGGAAACUACCAGAGGGCCAGACCCAUAUGACCAUCCAAAUGAUUCAACAGACACUCUUGAACGAGCAUGGUAUUAGGAAGACUACUCAGACCCUAAGACGCGAUAUGCUGAAAUUGGAUCUUCGAUGGACGGGAGAGCGCUUUGUGCAAGGACGUGGCAAGAAAGCCAAUCCAAAGCCUCCAUCGGCUUGGCCGAAGCGUAAAAGAAUAAAAAAGUCUUCAACUGAAGCACCCAAAGCCGACACAGUGACGGUGAUGGACCAGCAGGCGCAAGGUCAAAUCCAAGUCCAAAUCCAGGAACAUGGACAAGACCAAAUUUUGGCCCAGAUGGAUGUAGUGGCGAUGGCUGAAGUACCACAGCAACAGCAUCAACCUUCACAAAUUGAUCCUCAAGUCGAGGCACAGGUUGUAGCAGCAUUGGAGGCACCUGUUGUUGUCUCUGCAGAACAAGCUGAGUCGGCUGCUCAGGCACAAGCGGAGAUCGCAGCUCAAGUUCAGGCUUUGCUUCAAGGUCGAGCAUAAAGGAACGAGCAUAAAGGAACAAACAUUUCAAUUUUUUUUUUUUUUUUUU